AUGGCGACACCGGAUUUCUCGGAUCUCGAAGCGGUGGACGCGGUGCGGCUGACGUGGAACAUGUGGCCGAAUUCCAAGGUGGAGGCGACCAAGUGCGUGGUGCCGUUCGCCGCGGUCUACACGCCCGCGAAGCGCCUGCCCGAGAUGCCCGUGCUGCCGUACGAGCCCAUCCGGUGCAAGUCGUGCCGCUCCGUGCUGAACCCGUUCGCGCGCGUGGAUUUCAUCGGCAAGAUGUGGAUCUGCCCCUUCUGCUAUCAGCGCAACCACUUUCCGCCGCACUACGCGGCGAUCUCGGAGUCGAACCUGCCGGCGGAGCUGUUUCCGCAGUACACGACGAUCGAGUACACGCUGCCCACGGUGGGCCCGCCCGUCAACCCCGUCUUCCUCUUCCUGCUCGACCUCUGCCUCAUAGACGAGGAGCUGGGCUACCUCAAGACUGCCGUCUCGCAGGCCAUCGGUCUACUCCCUGAGAACGCCCUGCUAGGCUUAAUCACGUACGGCACGCAGGUGCACGUGCACGAGCUGGGCUUCUCCGACUGCCCCAAGAUGUUCAUCUUCCGCGGCACCAAGGACGUGUCCCGCCAGCAGAUCGUCCAACACCUCGGCCUCUCAGGCCUCUCCGGCCCAGGCGCGCGCACACACACCACCAUACCCCCCCCGCCUCCCCCCUGCACCAUUGAUCAAAACGCCCUGCUAGGCUUAAUCACGUACGGCACGCAGGUGCACGUGCACGAGCUGGGCUUCUCCGACUGCCCCAAGAUGUUCAUCUUCCGCGGCACCAAGGACGUGUCCCGCCAGCAGAUCGUCCAACACCUCGGCCUCUCAGGCCUCUCCGGCCCAGGCGCGCGCACACACACCACCAUACCCCCCCCGCCUCCCCCCUGCACCAUUGAUCAAAACGCCCUGCUAGGCUUAAUCACGUACGGCACGCAGGUGCACGUGCACGAGCUGGGCUUCUCCGACUGCCCCAAGAUGUUCAUCUUCCGCGGCACCAAGGACGUGUCCCGCCAGCAGAUCGUCCAACACCUCGGCCUCUCCGGCCCAGGCGCAGCAGGCGGAGCAGCAGGAGCUGCCGGGAGCGGAGCGGGCGGGGCAGGGGGAGCGGGAGGUGGUGCGGGAGGGGUUGGCGGGGCGGGCGCGGGAGGGGGGAUGCGGGACGGGGUGCCGGCAGCGGGAGUGGCGCGGUUUUUACUCCCGACGCAGGAGUGUGAGUUCACAGUGGCGACGGUGCUGGAUGAGUUGAGCAGGGACGCGUUCCCUGUGCCGCUGGGAGAGAGGCCGGCCAGGUGCACGGGCACGGCGCUGAGCGUGGCGACUGCACUGCUGGGCGCGUGCGUUCCCGGCACGGGCGCACGGAUACUGAGCUUUGUCGGCGGGCCCUGCACGGAAGGGCCUGGCAUGGUGCGUGCGGGGUGGGGGCGGGGCGGAUUGAUGUUGGGAAAGGUGGUGGAGCUGGGCUGUGCUGACAUGUCUCUGUCUGUCUGUCUUUCUGUCUGUCUUCCCCACCUUUCCACCCUCCAUUCCCCCCUCCGUUUCCCCCUCCCUUUCCCCCUCCCUUCCCCCCUCCCUCACCCCUUCCCUCCCCCCUCCCUUCCCCUUCCCUUCCCCUCCCUCACCCCCUCCCUCCCCCCCUCCCUUCCCCCAUCCCUUACUCUCCCUUCCCCCCUCUCGUCGCACUUCCCCUCCCUCCCCUCCCUCGCCCCGCCCUCCCCCCGCUGUUUCCAAAUAGUGGGGCGGGACCAAUCGGAGCCGAUCCGGUCGCACAAGGAUCUGGACAAGGAUGCAGCGCCGCACUACAGCAAGGCCGUCAAGUUCUAUGACGGGCUCGCCAAGCAGCUCGUCUCCCAAGGCCACGUGCUCGACCUCUUCUCCUCCGCUCUCGACCAGGUGGGUAUAGCGGAGAUGAAGGUGGCAGUGGAGAAGUCAGGCGGGCUCGUCGUGCUCUCAGAGAGCUUUGGCCAUCCAGUGUUCAAGGACUCGCUCAAGAGGGUCUUUGACACCGGUGAUACCUCCCUCGGCCUCUCCUUCAAUGGCAUAUUCGAGGUGCACUGCUCCAAGGACAUCAAGGUGCAGGGGGCCAUCGGGCCCUGCUCCUCGCUUGACAGAAAAGGGCCGUUGACAUCGGACGUGGCGAUAGGGCAGGGGCACACGACGGCGUGGAAGCUGUGUGGGCUGGACGUGUGCACGUCCCUCGCCGUUCUCUUUGAGAUUGUGCCGGCGGCGCAGCAGGCGCAGCAGCAGCAGGCGGCGGCGCAGGGCUUGCAGAACCCUGGAUCACAGCAGUUCCACCUGCAGUUCUCCACCUCGUACCAGCACCCGUCGGGGGAGACGCGGUUUCGGGUGACGAGCAUCACGCGGCGGUGGGUGGAGUGCGCGAGCUCAGGCGACCUGGUGGCGGGCUUCGACCAGGAGGCUGCUGCUGCUGUGGUUGCUAGACUCACCGGAUUCAAGAUGGAAACCGAGGAGGAGUUUGACGCCACGAGGUGGCUGGACCGGCUGCUGAUCCGCGUGUGCAACAAGUUUGGGGACUACCGCAAGGACGACCCCGCCUCCUUCUGCCUCUCGCCCAACCUCUCGCUCUUCCCACAGUUCCUCUUCAACCUGCGCCGCUCGCAGUUCGUGCAGGUGUUUGGCAGCAGUCCAGACGAGACGGCGUAUUUCCGCAUGGUGCUCAACAGAGAGAGCGUGCUCAACUCCCUUGUCAUGAUCCAGCCCACACUCACGGCCUACUCGUUCAACUCGCCGCCAGAGCCGGCGCUGCUGGACGUGGCAGCGAUCGCAGUGGACCGCAUCCUUCUGCUCGAUGCCUUCUUUUCUGUCGUCAUUUUCCACGGCAGCACCAUCGCUCAGUGGCGCAACGCUGGUUACCACAACCAACCCGAGCACCAGGCCUUUGCGCAGCUGCUACAGGCGCCUCAAGCGGAUGCAGCGGCCAUCAUAGCAGAGCGGUUUCCCGUGCCGCGACUUGUGGACUGCGAUCAGAAUGGCAGCCAGGCUCGGUUCCUAUUGGCGAAGCUGAACCCGUCGGCAACAUACAACAGCGCAUCAGCGGUGCCGGGGGGGGAGGUGAUUCUCACAGACGACGUGUCGCUGCAGGUGUUCAUGGAGCAUCUGCAACGGCUGUUGCGCGUGAUUCGGGAGUUCGACGAUCCGACAUCGGUGCGGAAUUACCGCAUAGGCAAUGCGACUCUGGUUGAGCUGGAGCCAUUGCCGCCUCUAACUAACGAGAAGAUGGAGUACCACAGGCAGCAGCGUCGCAAGGAGCACGGGUGGAAGAAGCCGGAGCUAGUGCUGGUGGAAGGGGACCCGGUGCCGGAGGGCGUGGAUCCCAUGACAGUGCGGUUCAUCCCACGAAGACAUCCUUUCUCGCUUAAUCAGGGAGAGGGCGAGGAGGAGCUGUCGGAAGAGGUUGCUCGGCAAUCUCUCAAGCUGCCUCCCGAGCAGCAGCAGCAGCAGCAGCAGGAGCAGGAGGACGAGGAGCAGGGGGAACAGGGAGUAGUGCAGCGGCAGCAGGUACUAAGCGGAGUUCUUCCAGGCUUCCGCUCAGGCGCAUAUAGCGCGGAUGCACAUGCGCUAUGUCCCGGGAGCAUGGCGAGAGGGGUAGCAGCGACGCUAGUGGAAGGACCAGAGCCUUCAACUCCCCCUCAUGCGGAGAUUGCGGCGCAAGAUUGCGUGGGGACGGCGCAGAAGCGCCAGCGCAAGAUGACCCCCAAAGGCCUGGAGCUGGAGCGCGCGCUUAUGGUGCGGAAGAGAGCGCGCGCCGCCGCUAGGAGCCGCGCGGAGCAACCGAGCGGAAGAAGAGAGGAGCGGCGGGAAGCAGCGGGUGAGUGGGCAGGCGGAGCGGAGCGUGGAUGCGGGGGAAGCGGUGUAAACGGGAGGCGAGCAGGGGACGUGAGUUGGAGUGUGGACGCAGCAGGGGGGCCCGUGGGCCGUGCAGGAGAGGCGGCGAGAGGGAUGAAUGGGCGGAUGGGAGUGGGGGUCUAUACGCUGAGCAAGUUCAGCGGCCAAGAUUGGGACCAAGAUUGGGGAUUGCGCGGGGAGAACUGGCGGAAGGUUGCUGGCGGCAGUUGGCAGCACGGGGAGCCGGAUGGGGGGGAAUGGGGGAGAGAUGGAGGGCGGGGUGGUGGUAAAGAUAGCCGGCGGCGGGGCGCCUCUGCUGGUGGGAUACGAUACAGGGAAGGAGAGGAGGAGGGAGACGAGGGGGGCGAGGAAGGGGAGAGGGAGGGGGAGGAGGAGGAGGAGGAUAUUGCCUGGGGUCAUAGGAAUGGGCGAGGCGAAGAAGACAAAGAAGGGGCGAAGGAGGAAGGGGGGAAGGGGGAGGAGGAGGAGGGGAGUCUAGGAGGCCGGUUGGGAGGCUUGGUUCCGCCAUAUGCGUCACAUGCGCCAUCUGCUGCGCCGCGUGCGGCGCAUGUAAGGGAUGACCUGGGCGGCUUCACUUGUCGCAUGCAGGGGAGGGAGGUCGCGGCUGCGGUGAUGGAAAGCAAAGGAGGAGCCCAAGGGGGAGGCGACAGGGAGAAUGGGGAGGAGAGGAAAGCGAGUUCGCCGAGAGGAGACGAGGAGGAGAGGGAGACCGUUGGCGAGGGUAUAGGUGUGAGGGUGGCGGAUGGGUGGAGAAGGCGGGUUGUGCAGGCGGAUGGGGAGCUGGAGAGGGGCAAAAACGGGCAGGGGGAGGUGGGGCGCGGGAGGAACGGAUGCGUGGUGUUGGGGUGUGAGGUGGAGAGGGAGAGGGGUGCACGUGUGGGAGGGGAGGGGUUGGGAAGUGCAGUCGACGUUCCCGUGAGCCUUUUUCUCAACGGCCCGUUUCAGCUGCCAGGGUACUCCUCUGGUGCUGGUGACGGUGGUGGCAGUGGUGAUGGUGUGGUUAAGUUUGGUCCGGUUUCUGUCGGUUCAGCGGGGUCCGAUGCGGUGAAGGAAGUUGUUGUGGUGGUGGCCAAUGAGGCGUCUCGUGGGAGUGAAGCUCGGGGGGAAGGAACGGCCGAAGGCACUGAUGCCGCUGCUGCUGUAGGAGUGGCGGCUCUAGCACAGAAAGGAGCCACAUCACUAGCAGCAGCACCAGCAGCAGGAGCAAGGGCAGGAAACCCAGAGAGGGAAGCGGAAGGAGCAGCAGACGCGUGCAGACGAAUUCAAGACGGGGAAGGAGUGGGGAAGGAGGCAGGCGGGCGGGGAGAGCGGGCUGGAGGGGCAUGGCCGUGUGAGGCGAGGCGAGGCAGGCUGCCAAGGGGGCAUGGCGGCUGGACUGCUGCUGCUGUGCGCUCCAUGGGCGUUGGGGCGCAUGGGACGGAUGUAGCACGUGGGGCGGAUGUAGCAGAUGGGGUGCGCGGGGCACAUGAAAUGCAUGGGACAGAGGAGGCGGGUUGUAGGGUCGGGGUGGGUGGAGAGAGCAGCGUGAAGGAGAUGCGGUGUAAUGGGCGAGGGACGAGAGAAGAAGGCGAAGCGGCAAAAGGUGGCGAUGAAAGCACAUCUGGUGAUUCUAGGGGGGACAGUGGUGGUGGGUCCGGUUCAGAAGGGCGUCUGGGCGGGUGUGAGCGAGAUUGGAGGGAUGGGAGCGGGAUGGGGGGAAGAGGAGGGCGUGGGAGGCGCAGAGGGAGGGGCAGGCGCGGUUCCGGUGGUUUGAGGAAGUUGAGGUGGGAGAUUGGCGGUGGUAGGGAGGUGGUGAGAGGAAGGAGACGAGGUUUGGAUGGAGAGGACGCGGCGACGAGAGUUAGACGGUCUAGGAGGCUGGAGCUAAUGCAGACUGAGGAGGAGGAGGAAUGGGAGGAGGAGGAGGGGGAGGAGGAGGAAGAGGACGAAGAGGAGGACGACGGAGAGGAAGAGGGUGAGGAGGAUGAGGAAGACGAGGAAGAGGAAGAGGAGGAAGAGGAGGAGGGGAUAGGUGCGAUGCAGCGGAGAUGGUGGAUGGGGCAGGGGAGGGGGGUGAGGGAAGUGAGGAGGAGCUGGGAGAAGGUUGGGGAGAAACGAUACUGGAUGAAUCGUAGACUGGAGGAGCAGCAAGGGGGCGAGAAAGACGAAGAGAAAGCGGAUGACGAGGAGGAAGAAGGGGACGAGGAGGAGCAGUGUGAGAAGGAGGGACACAGGGGUGCGAGAGGGGUGGGUGAGGAACGGGAUGAAGUGUCAGGCGAUGGGAAGGAGGUGAAGGAGCAAGACGGCAUGCAGGGAGGGAGGAGAGCAGGUGGCACGGGAGAUGGCACGGCGGAUGAAAGGAAGGGCGUGGGAGGAGUGUGCAGCAGGCGGAGGAGUGCAACGAGUGCUCCUCUGGGUCUUGCUGCUGCUGCUGCUGCUGCUGCUGCUGCUGCUGCUGCUGCUGCUGGAGUACGUGAGUGUGCAGAGAGGCAAGCAGCAUGCGAAAGGAAGGAAAGGCAGAGGGAGCAGGAGGAGCAGGAGGAGCAGGAGGAGCAGGAGGAGCAGGAGCAGGUGUGCAGGUUAGAGUCAGAGCAAGUCACAGUGGUGUGCGAGCAUACUGCAGUGGAGAUUUCAACUCAGGUCACUUCAGUCACUGCUCUCUCCGCCCCUGCUGGAGUCGCCCCUGUCCCCACCUUCUGUCUCUCCGCCCCUCUGCUCGCCUCUCCUGCUCUUCCCUCUGCUCUCUCCCCCCCUGCGUCGGCUGCGAAUGCCACAGCAAUGGGCGUUAGAAACUCCGAGACAGGGGGGGAGACGGAGGCUGGUGGCUGCGAGGGAGAAAGGCGAGCUUCUGGAGGGGCCUUGGUCGAGGAGAUGGAAGCUGAGGAGGCGAGGAGAGGGACAGAGGAGAGAGAGAGGGAGGAGAGAGGGAAGGAGGAGAGAGGGAGGGAGGAGAGAGAGGAGGAGGAUAGAGGGAAGGAGGAAAUAGGGAGGGGGGAGCAAGGAGACGGCAGUGUGGGGAAUGGUGAAGCGGCACAGGAGCAGGAAGGUCAGCAGGCGGGAGGGAGCGAGGAGGGGCUAGGCGAGCGAGGUGAUGAGAUUUGGGAGGUGGCAGCAGAGAGGGAAGGGCAGGCGGAUGUGCAGGUGGCAGCGCUUCCUGAGGCACCUCAAAGAGCACCUCAAUGCGAGAGGGAAGAGCAGGCGGAUGUGCAGGUGGCGGUGCUUCUUGAGGCGCCUAAGAUGUCACCUCAAUGCGAGAAGAAAGGACAGGCGGAUGUGCAGGUGGCAGCGCUUCCUGAGGCACCUCAAAGAUCACCUCAAUGCGAGAAGAAAGGGCAGGCAGAUGUGCAGGCGGCGGUGCUUCCUGCUAAUGCCUCUUCUUCCUUCUCCUCCUUGCCAUCGCCGGAUGCUUGCUCUGAUGCUCUUAUGGUGCAGCAGAUUCCUGCAGCUGCUUCGUCUGCUGAGUCACCCCAGAGGGCCACGGGUUUGCUGCGGGUAUCACCAUUGACAGCAGCAGCAGCAGCAGCAGCAGAAGCAGCAGCAGCACCGCCAACACCAUCACCAACCGCCAAUCUGCUUCUUCCAUUGGCCCUCCUGCCCGUGAGGCUAAAAACCUUCAAGCUGCCCGAUUUCAUAAGGCGACAUAGGCACCGGGCAGCAGGAAGAGGCAGGAGAAGGAAACAUCAGGUGCAGGAGCGAGAGGAUGAGGGGAGGCGUGAAGGCAAGUUUGAGAGGGGGGGCAGCAAAGGGACGAAAGGCAGCAGAGGGACGAAGGGCAGCAGAGGGGUAGAGACGAGAGCAGGAGAACAGUGGAACAAGGUGGGGCACGAACGGGAGAAGGACGGGCGACAGCAGCAGGAGGUGAAUCUGAAUGCAAGCGCAAGGAGGCACGGGAGUGGGGGGGAAAGCAGUGGCGCUGCUACUGCUGCUGUUACAGUCAUUGAUGCAGCUGCCGCGAAUCAGACAGCUCUGGUGAAGGCUAGGCGUGUGACUGAUCGGAGAAGAGCAGGAGCAGGCGCAGGAACAGGAGCAGGAGCAGGAGGAGAGCCGAACUUGUGGUGCUUGGAAGGACGGUGGAGGCAGGGAGAGAGGCAAGAGGAAGGGGUUGAUGAGGGUGGUGGCAGGUUGAGUGAGGGAAGCGAGGGGAUUGGGCGGGUGGAGGAUGAGGAGCAUGUGAGGGAUGGAAAGGAAGAGGAGGAGGAGGAGGAGGAGGAGGAGGAGGAGGAGGAGGAGGAGGAGGAGGAGGAGGAGGAGGAGGAGGAGGAGGAGGAGGAGGAGGAGAAUGAGGAAGACGAGGAUUUGGAAGAGGAAGAAGAUGAGGAGGAGACAGCUUCUGAUGUAGAAACGGGGCAACCGGUGGACUCAUGCCGCCAGCAGCAGCAGCAGCAGCAGCAGCAGCAGCAGCAGCAGCAGCAGCAGCAGCAGCAGCAGGCAGUCACGAGGCUGUGGGGGCAGGAGUGCAAGUGGUGGUGGGCCGAGCUGUGUUGGACUCUCGUCAGCCGGCUUGCCUCACACGCACACUCGCAACCACUGCUUGGCCUUGCUCCAGACGGGCUUUUGGCUCGGCUGGAAGGGCCGAACCUGUCUGCUCAGCAGCAGGGUAGGGGAAUGAGAAAUAGCCCAGAGACGCCCCAGCCUCGGCUGCUGGUGAAUGUGCUGUCACAGCUGCAGCUGCAGGCGCAUAGCAGCGAGGGCACACAGCGGGAGGUGGGAGGGAGCAGUGGCGGCGCGGCAGGGGGGAGUGGGAGGGGUGAGGGAAGGGGAGACGGAGCAGGAAGGGGAGAGGCGACGGCGGCAAUGUGGGGAGGGGAUGAAGAGGACGAAGACCCUAGGUUGCGUCUGCAGCUGAAGCAGCCGUCUCAGGCGUCAGUGGCUCCUGUCUUAGCCAGCAGCAGCAGCAGCAGCAGGGCGAUAGGCUCCGAGGUGCAACGGGCAGGGGAGCAGAGGGAGAUUGCGAGGCGUGAUUCAGAGCACGAGGAGAUGGACUGGCAGGUGGAGGGCAGCGACAGAAUCCUGCUCGCUGCGCCUGCUGCUGCUCUUGCUGCCCCUGGCCCUGCUGCUCCUGCUGGUGCAGGUGUUAGCAGCGUGGGUGGCAGCAGCACAGCCACAGCAGCACGAACAGCAGCGACAGCAGCAACACAGGGAGUUGUGGGGGGGGCAGCAGGGGCAGCGGGGGCAGCGGGGGCAGCAGGAGUAGCAGGCACAGCAGGCAGUGUCCCUCCCUUCUGCCCUCCACCCCCGUCGCCCUACUGCUGGAUCUCGCCCCUAUCCAUGUGGGGGGGUAUGCCCCCCCCGCCGCCCUACCCCAUGCACCUGCCACCACCACCAUCCAUGGCUAUCAUGGGCCCGCAUGGGUACUUCUCGCAUCAGCUCGACUCCUCUGCUGCACCACCAAUUCCCGUGCCUGCAACCAUGCCCCUGUCUCUGUCUCUCCCUGUUACUACCUCCAUUCCCAUGCCCAUGCCCAUGCGUGUUCCCAUGCGAGUCCCCAUGCCGCUCUCCAUGCCUGCGCAUGUAUCCAUACCCAUACCUGCCCAUGCUUCCAUGGCCCCCCGCACAUCCCUACCCCCCCGUGCAUCCUUGCCUGUCCAUGCGUUCAUGCCUGCCCAUGCAUCCAUGCCCGUGCCUCCCCGCCCAUGGAACCCCCCCCCUUCUUCCACGUCACCUCCUCCUAUAGUCACGCCCGCAGUAAACGGCUCCUCUGCUGGGCCGCCAGCAGGGCCUCCAGCGUUGUCCUCCCCUGCGCCUGUCGCCCCGUGUGUGCCUGACGCCCCUGUGCACCUGCCUCGCCCCUUCAGACCCCUGCCAUCUGCACCCGCUGCUGCUGCUGCUCCUGCUGCUGCUGCUGCUCCUGCUGCCCUUGCUGCUCGUGCUGCUGCGGCUACUGCUGCUGCUGCCGCUGCUGCAGUUACUGCUUCCGACUGCCCUCCCCAAGGGACCCUGCAUGGGUCUCUGACCCACACACUUCCCGCUUCACCCUCUGCAGUGCCCCCACACUCGCGCACACACUCACACGCACCUUCUCACUCACAUGCCUGUGUGCACUCGCAGCAACAGCAGCCGCACCACUCGCAGCCGCCGCACGCACAUUCUAUCUCCACAGCAGCAGCAGCAGCAGUGGCUGCAGCAAGGAACUUCCCUGCCGGCCUGACUGGUUGCGCCAGGGACUUUCCUGGUGGAACGGGCAGCGGAGAGGGCAGCUCAGGUGCAUCUGCAGUAGCAGAAACAGCAACCGCAACAGCAACUGCAGCAGCAGCAGCAACAGCAACAGCAACCGCAACAGCAGCAGCAGCAACAGCAGCACCAGCAACAGCAGCAGCAGCAACAGCAGCAGCAGCAGCAGCAGCAGCAGAUGACGGCGCUGCAUUGCUAUGUGCGGACGAGAGCCAUCCCGGAGAGGAAGACGACGAGGAGGAGGAGGAGGACGCGAACGAGAAGGAAGAGGAGGGGCGGCAUGGUGGGGAGGGCGGGAGCAGCGGUAUGAAUCUCUACGUGCCUUCUGUUGCUGGGUCUUCACAUGUGUCCACUGUUGCUGCUGGCUACGGCAGCGGUAUCAGUGGUGGCAGUGGCACUAGAGCAGCUUGCGAGUCUGCCUCUGCUGCUGCUGCUGCGGCGGCGGCUGGUGUAGGAAGUGCAGGUGGUGUGGGGGGAGUGGAUGAGGCAGGGGACAGGAAUGGGGGGCGGAGAGUGCUGAGGAUGAAGUGGGAGGGUAUGGACCUAGUCAGGUGGACUGUGGAUGACGCUGCUGCUGCUACCGCUGCUGCUGCUGCUACUGAUGCUGCUGCUGCUGCUGCACCUGCGUUUGCUUGCGCUGCUGGUGCUGCUGCUCCUGCUGCUUCAGCCAGUAACGCAGCAGCAGCAGCAGGUGUUGCUGUUGGUGCAGGGUCAGAGGAGCAAAGGUCACAGCAGCUGGUAACGCCAGGAAAGGGUCGGUCACGAGGCAGGAAAGCACCACGCUGUGCCACUCUCUCAUCUGCUGCCGCUGCAACCGCCGCCGCUACAGCUGUCGCUACAGCUGCCACCACAGCUGCUGCAACAACUAUCGGCAGCACAAGUGGGGGAGGUCCUGCGGAGUUAGUAGCACCGGUGCGGCUACUGGGCACACCACCACAGCGCCACCACACCUCCCCCCUCCUUCACAACCCCUCUCUUGCGCACCCCUCCUCACUUGCUCACACUCACAGCCCCUCUGCCGCCCUUGUGGCCUCCUCAUCUCCUCUCCACCGCAGUCUGGCUGAGGCCUUGCGACACAAAGCACCUAGAGCAGGAGAGGGAGGAGGAGCAGCCGCAAGCUCAGACGGAUCAGGCUCAGCCUCAGUCGCUGCUACUCAUGUUGCUGUUGCUUCUCCUGUUGCUGCUCCUGUUGCUACUCCUGGCGCUGUUGCCCCCGGUGCUGCUGCUGCUGCUGCUGCUGCUGCUUCUGGUGCUGCUGCUCCUGUGUCCACUGCGCCUUUUCCCUCUGCGUCCACACCUUUCCGUCCAACGGAUCACCCAUCUCCCUCGCAGCCUGUAGCCUCUGUGCCAGCUACCACAGUGGCAAAGCCCACUGCUUCCCGUCCAUCUGCCUCUUCCUCUCCACCCUUCCCCCUCCGCCCCUCAUUCCCUUGGUCUAUCCCCACUGUCCCCGCUGCCCCAGCUGCCGCCGCCGUCCCCACUUCUCAUCAUGCCGCCAUGCUGCCUACCUCACACGCGCCUGCCAAGCCUCCUGCUUUACCUCUCAUGGCCCCAAACACCCCGUCCGUACACCCUCACACCCCUUCAGUGCUCCCUCACACUCCCCUCUCGACGCCUCACACCCCUGUCCGUCCCUUAUCUCUCUCCUUGUCGUCCUAUCCUCCCUCUGCCUCAUCAGCAGCCAUGCUGUCCUCUCAGCAGCCAUCGAUGGUGGGAGGCACAGCAGCAGCAGCAGCAGCAGCAUGCAUAACAGGUUCCUCCGCAUGGCGUCUCCCUCAUAGUGCAUUUGCCUUAGCCCCUUCCUGUCAUCCCGAGCCUCCUGUUUCGGUUCGUCUCCCACCCUCAGCUGUGGAGAUGGGUAUUGACAGAUCGGCAUCGGCAGGCGGAGCGGAUGAUCAGAGAAAGCAUCAGCAUCAGCAGCUGCAGCAGCAGGUGCUGCAGGGAACGCAUUCCCAGCCGCAAGCAGAGGUGCAAGCAGGGGCACGUCUAGGGGCAGGAGGACGUGCAGAGAGAGAAGCACAAGCCAAGGGGCAGUCUUUUUUGCUUGGACCAGGCUCAGCAGCGGCUCUGGGGCCCGCAGGCAUGGCAGCUGCAGCCGCACCUGUUGCAGAGGCCAGCAGUCCCAUUCAAACGCGUGCUCCUGCUUAG